UGUGCUGGUGCUGAGAUUUGUCAGAGCGGAAAAUGUGUUUGUCCAAGUAACACAUUUUGUGGCUCUACCUGCGUUGACUUUACAUCUGACGCACAAAACUGCGGAUCUUGCGUGCCCAAUCGAUAAUUUCUGCGUAAACAGUGAAUGUGUCAAUGUCGAAUGCGUAGUUGAUUCAAAUUGUGGUAACGAUGCGUUGUAUAAUACUGAAACUGGCGAAUAUACUCCUGCCGCAGGCAAAUGCAUUGACAAUGUCUGCUAUCUUUGCAUUGAUAAAUGUUUGUCUCAAAAGGAUUGUUUUGCAUAUGAAUACACAGGUGGCGGUGCUCCUGCACUCUGUAUGACAGAUCCAUCUUGUAUAAGUAGAGAUGAUGGCGAAACUAAAUCAUCAAGUUUCACCGAUGGUGUACCACUGUGGCACCAAGUUUCUCCAAGUUUUAUCUAG